AUGAGCAAUGUGAGCGACGUUAAUCCCCCUACCGUUGAUACCAGCUGUGAUGCUCUCAAACGAGUUGAAGACAGCUACUACCAGAUCUCCCCAAAGAAGCUUAAGGCUGCGACCAAAGAUUUUGGUCGUUACUUCGUCGAAAUGAUCAAUCACUAUCUCCAACAACCAAUCCGCUACUGCAACAGUUUCGCCGAUUUCCAUUUGGACAUUGACCCAAAGUACCGUGAUUCUUUCGAUUUCCAUCGACUAUACUACGCCUCCCACACCGUCUACGAUCAUGAACGGAAGAAAGAGAUCAAAACGCUCGUCGCCAGAUGGAAACAACUCCGACAACAAGUGCAAUUGUACCAAACGAAUCGGGCUCCCAAAACCGACGCUGGUAAGAAGUAUCACGCGGUUUGCUUACAACUUGUACGUAAGCGUACUAACCUUGAAGUAUUAACUAAACAAAGCUCUCCCGAUGCUAACGCUCAACUCUAUUUGACGAAGGCGAUUGCGACGCUUGAACUGACUCUUGCUGAGCUCAAACGCCAAUCGAAGCAAAAAACAGAGCGCCUGGAAUUUCUGGCAAUGGAUAGUCAUUUGGAGGAUUUGGCACACUUAAAAAGGACUCACAGUUUGAUCAAGCAAAAGUUUCAUAUGUUGAAAGUUUCGGUUACAAGUCGCCCCUACUUUUACGAUGAAACCAGUUUCAAUGGCUACUUCCUCUAUCAAAAUCACCGUCUUGAAUCAUUGUACAAGUAUGUCCUCAGGUGGCUAGUCGAGGGUGUAUUCUCCACCGAGGAAACAGAAGCCUUUGCUGAUGAAAUCCCCCCCGACUACUUCAACGACGUUCGCCGCGUCUUUGGCAAUACUCUUCUCCGCGCGGGUCCCUUUAACUAUAAACCAAGUGGAAGCGCAAACGGGGAAGAAGAUCCCAUCAAAAUGGCUCUUUUGGAGCAUGAAGCUUCGUUGUGGAAGGCAAGCGACAUUGUGACCAAGUUUCUGUUUCCAUCGAACGGACCCGUGUAUUCUAACCACGGCUUGGCGAUAUUUCGAUCCAGUACGAAAGAUGAGUUGUCACUUGAAGAACCAAAGCAACACUUCGACAAUCCCGAUCAGGUAACCGUCAAGAACCUUGAUUUUUCUCUCGCUAAAGGGGGUGGCUUCAGGGUGCUCAUUAUGUACUCUUAUGAAGGGAACGCCCCUCGAACCUCUAAUAUAACCCCCUAUGGAGUUACCACGAUGACCAUUCUCCGUCAAACAAAGGGUCAGUGUGGAAAGAAGCAUGACUAA